AUCGCUGGUGUUGGGUGGGGGUUAUGAGGAACAACAAAAUUAUCCGUUCAUUGUGGUAGGGAUUGCUUUAGUGUUGCAAUAAGUGAUUUAUUUUGUGAACAGGUUUGAGUCACAAGAGAAAAUGGAUGAAACAGACUACGAAUCAUCAGUAUCUUCUUACGAUGAGGAAGAUGAGCGUCUGCGACCUUUACCUUCGUUGGUUCAGACGGUUCCACGUCCUGUGAUAGACGUCGACACCAGAAUUACAGAUAACACAGUACCCACAAGCUCGAGGUCAUAUUCCCAUGUGACCUCUGACAUUUUCAGUGAGAGGACAGCAUCCAGUUCAUCACCAAAUCAGCACACUGCUUCAAAGGCUACAGCAGAGAAGAGUCCUGAAAUAAGCUCUACAUCCUUACAGGAUCUUCUUUCAGCACAGAAUGUUAGUGCAGUUGACAUUGAUCCAGCAGUAAUUAUGUAUUCAAAACCAUUUAUGAAGGAUGCGUCAUGUCAGACGAUUGUGACAGGAGACAUCUUGUCUUUGAAUUUCUUUCAAGGAGAUGGUUGCUUGAUGGGUAGAGAAUGGACAUCAUUUAGUGAUGUAUUAUCUGUUCUUAUGAGAAAUGGAAAUUCCGAUUUGUAUAUUGGACAGUUGUUUAAUCAAAGAUAAAAAUAUUUCUCAGCUUUCACUUUAACCCAAUUAUGAAUGGAGUAUUUCUGUGGUAGUCGGGACAUGUUGUGACACGUUGAAGAUUCCUAUAUUUUAUUGGAUAUUUAAUUUUAAAAUUUGAAUGAUACCAGAAGUCAUAUUCCUGUUACGUGACUGCCUGUUUGCUAAGGCUGUCAUUAUGGCUGUGAUUUCUUGAAUACAAAGUUUUCCUACUAUACUUUUUUACUGUUUAUUGUACUGAAAUGAUUAAAAGUGUAUAAUGCUUUUGUAAGAGGAUUGGGGACACAAGCAUUUUCAGUACAUCUGCAUUUUCACAAAGUUGUUGUAAUUUAGUAGUGUGGUGCAGCAUACCAUGACCUGUAAGAGAGGAGAUUGUAUCUAAUAUUUUUCUACUUAAAUGAUUCACAAUAAACUGUUAACAAGCAUA